UAGAUCCUCCUGCUGCUGCUUCCCUCUAAGCAUUCGGCCAUGAAAAACGGGGGUCUGAGGUGUACGACAUAUCAAACAAGAUUCAGCAUUUCCGCAUAAUUUGUCAUUCAGAUUGGACCAAGAUAAUCAAAACAGGCAGUCAUGUCUGACUACACUGGCUCUUUGAAUGAUGUUUCCAGUGACAGUUUUUGGGAGGUUGGGAAUUACAAACGGGCUGUAAAGCGGGUAGAUGAUGGGAAUCGUCUGUGUAAUGACUUGAUGAACUGUAUUCACGAGCGAGCUCGCAUUGAAAAGGCAUACGCACAGCAGUUGACUGAAUGGGCCAAGCGCUGGAGACAACUGAUAGACAGAGGGCCUCAGUACGGGACAGUAGAGCGGGCCUGGUGUGCUCUGAUGAUGGAAGCAGAGAAGGUCAGCGAUCUCCACAUGGAGAUAAAGGGUGUUCUCAUGAGUGAAGACUAUGAAAAAGUGAAAAAUUGGCAGAAAGAUGCCUACCACAGGCAGAUGAUUGGUGGGUUCAAGGAAACGAAAGAGGCUGAGGAUGGCUAUCGCAAAGCUCAAAAACCUUGGGCCAAGAAACUUAAAGAGGUGGACUUGAUGAAGAAGGCCUACCACACAGCCUGCAAGGAAGAAAAGUUGGCUACCAGCAGGGAGAACAACAGCAAGAUGGAGAGUAGCAAUUCUGAGACCCAGAAAAAACUCCAAGACAAAGUAGAGAAGUGCCAGCAGGAUGUACAGAAGACUAAGGAGCGCUAUGAGAAGGCCCUGGAGGACCUGGAUAAGGUAACACCUCAGUACAUCGAGAACAUGGAACAGGUGUUUGAGCAGUGGCAGCAGUUUGAGAACAAGAGACUGCAUUUCUUCAAAGAGGUCCUACUGGAGGUCAAACAGCACCUUGACCUCUCUACCAAUCACAAGUUCCAGGAUGUGUAUCAUGCAUUGGAGGACACGAUCCAGGCAGCUGAUGCAGAGGAAGAUCUGAAAUGGUUCCGUUCCAACCAUGGUGCAGGCAUGCCUAUGAACUGGCCUCAGUUUGAGGACUGGUCCAUAGACUUAAAUCGGACACUGACUCGCAGAGAAAAAAAGAAGCCAAGUGAUGAAGUAACACUUACAGGCAUCAGUCAAACAGGAGAACGAGCAGCCAAGACCAAUAACAGCGUGACUGUGCCCAGUAGCACAGAACCAGUGGGCUUAAACCCAUUUGACGAUGAGGAUGACGAGGAGGUGACGCCAGCAGAGCAACCCAACAGCAGUCCGGCCAGUGUGAAAAAAGAGGAAGUUGUUGCCAAAAUUACCAGCAACGUGGAGAAGACACUGGAUUCCUCAGAUGAGGAAACUGGGAACCCUUUUGCAGCAGACACCAAUGGAAACGGGAAUCCGUUUGAGGAUGAGCCAGGUUCACCUAGGGUUUCAGUUCCUGUACGAGCUCUAUACGACUACGAGGGCCAGGAGCAGGAUGAGCUGAGCUUCAAAGCAGGUGAUGAAUUUAUUAAAAUUGGAGAGGAGGAUGAGCAAGGGUGGUGCAAAGGACGCCUGAAAGAUGGCCGUGUUGGACUCUACCCAGCUAAUUAUGUGGAGGACAUUCAGUGACCAGAGAGGAGAGGAAGAAAGCAAGGCAGAGAGGAGAAAUAAGGGGUGGGGCAAUUUCUGAUGAUGGGAAGCUGCUCCUUAUUCCCCCCCUUGUGGUGGAGGCUGGACCAACUGCUGCAAUAAUCCAAAAUGUCUUUCCACCCGAAAUUUUCUGAUUAGAUUCUGCCCUUUUUUGGAGAUCUAGGAGCGGAUACCAUGUCAUGACCUCAUCACAAAUAGUUUUUAAUAAAGGCUGUAAACAGGUCUGCACAAAAGGGCAACAUGCUGUGCUUAAUUACUUACUUAGAACACAUUCAACAUGUGAUCCAUUUUUAAGUGCUGAAUUAAGGGUCAUUAGACUAACAAUUCAUACCAAGUUUGGUCUCAAUUCUGGAUCUAAUUGCAACCAAGAGCAUCUUGAGAUGGAACUUUUCACAGAUUAUUGCUUCUCUGUUGCUCUUAUCCUGCUCAAGGUCAGAGAAACCUGCUUUGUUAAAAACAAACAUAAUCAUUUGUUUUAUCUGACUGAUGCAUUUUCAUACACGUUACAUUUAAAAAAAAAAAAAAGAGAAAAAAAAAGCUAUUUUGGUAAUUACCUUAUAGCCAAGACAUGCAGACUACAUAGUGACGGUAUUGCCGUAUUAUGAACAUUAGACAUCUUCAGAGUAUCUUAUUUUUCAACAUUGAAGUCUAGAGGUUUUAUUUUCCAACCAGAUUUUAAUUAUUUUUUACAAAGUGUAUGCGUGGAUGGAUGCAUUUUUGAAUAGUCAGUUUGAUCCUGAGCUAAACUAGACCAAAGUCAAGUUGAAUGCUGGAGUAGUUUUUCAGGGAUGAGAUGAAGUGUGGUCGUUGUCCCAGGCGACUGGUGUGUGCUGUUCACCUUCGCUGCUGGUCAAGUCAGAAACUUUUUUUUCCUUUCAUGAGCGUAGUUUGUUACAUUUCUUGUUUGAGCAAUAUCUUGUUUUGUAUCAAAUAAUUUUUUGUUUUUGGGGAAGGUCUCUCACUUGAAGUUGUCAGUUUUAUUUUAAUCUGCACUGGACAGUUCACAGCAGAUGCACAGGAAAAAAAAUGUGGUUCUUUUGUUAAAGCUUGUUACAAACACAAUGUCCACUUUGCAUGAAAUGUUUCACAUCAAGAUAAUGUAAGGAAAAAAAUGCAGACGCGUGCUAGUAUUUGUGCAUAUAUGUUACAAUGAACAAGUUGAGCAUUUUUAAAUUUGAUCUUGGGAUGGACAGUACAAGUUAAAAAUUGAGACUUUUUUUAAAAAACUAAUUUAAUUUAUAAAAUGCCAUAAGUGCUUCAAGUUUUGCUCCUGGAAAACUGCUGUGAUUCAGAAUUAGAAUGUAUAUGAAUAAGCAUUUAUGUAAUAUGAAUUUUUGUUACCUGUAUCACUGAGGUUUUUUUUUUUCUUCAUUUCAUUCUUGCAGUUGGUCAUACUGAGUUAUAUAGACACACCGUUAUCAGUUGAUUUGAAUUGUCUUCUUUGGAGUUUGUUCUGAGAGUUUCUAACUGGUAUUCCUCUCACCACCUGCCCAGUAGUGGCUGUGCCCUAUUACCCUAAUCUCAUAAGAGCAAAUGAAUUUUGAAUGUAUCUUAAAUUUGCUGCAGUUAUUGAGAAGUGACAUGUUUAACUUUUGGGCAGCUGUGCCUGCAUAGUAACCAUGUUAAAUGUUCACCUUGGCAGUUGGCAAAUAAAUGAUUUAACAUGA